AUGCUUUACCUCCUCCGUCGGGCACGAAUUCCUAUUCGGACUUUCAACAAGUUGACCUUCCAUCGUGCCCAUCAUAGCACAACAGGGAUGUUGAUCACUAUCAGUCCCCAUGGAACUCGAGUCGCCCGUGAGAUUGAGAUCUGGCUAGGAGACCGAGGGAAUGCGUAUGUCAUGUUUGACCCUGAGAUUAGCCAGGCUUUUCAAGCAGGUACUAUACUACAGGGCGGCUGCUCUCUGGUACAAGACCAGGAGUUGUUGCCGCUGAAUUUCCACCACCAUACGCGACACUUCUCUCAUCAUUCGUGCCCCUAUCCUCGACUUGAGAUACCCCAAGAUCUCCCGCAACAAUCAAAUGCCUACAGCAGCCCAGCAACCCUUCAUGCCUUUGGCGUGACACAUGCGAUUACGCUUGAUGGGAUGCCUGAUGCUGAAUUCCAACAUAGUAUGAGAGAGUCGAUCCAGCGGUUGCAACCAGUCUUGGAUGAGCUCAAGGAUACAUAG